AUGGCACGUCUUUGGACACCUCUGGAGACAAAUGCGACCUCUGUCCUAAGUCUUUCCUUCACUUUUUUGCAACUCUUUUUGUGGAUAAUUACGUGGUUAUUGUAUGAUGCGAUGACACAUUUUACACUGGAAGGACCAUUUGUGUACUUCUCUCUAACUGGAAGUGUUAAUAACUCCAACCACAUUCUGGCUGAGUUGUGGAAGGAAUAUGGCAAAGCUGAUUCAAGGUGGCUACACUCUGAUCCAACAAUUGUUUCACUAGAGAUUCUGACAGUCUUUCUCACAGGACCAUUAGCUUUGUUGUUGAUUCAUGCCAUUUCUUACAACAAACAUUACAGACAUUUUGUACAGAUCACUCUCUGUGUUUGUGAGCUGUAUGGAGGUUGGAUGACAUUUUGUCCUGAAUGGUUGGUAGGCAGCCCUAGUUUAGACACAAGCUCUGCUUUGUACCUGUGGUGCUAUUUAGUAUUUUUUAAUGGCUUGUGGGUCAUUAUUCCUUUUCUCCUUUUAUGGCAUUCUUGGAAGGAAAUGGAAGAGCUGCUCACUGGUAAAACAUCAGCAACAACCCAAAAGAAAAAGACAUGAAAGCCUAUAAUUUGGCAGUCACACCAUAGGUCAGCAUUAUUUAGCAUUGGCUAGCUACAAGCAUAACUCAUUACAUGCAAUGUUUCCUAUCUCUGCUAGCUUCUACUGUGCACCUGAAAUGCUUUCCAAUGGCCGGUCAGUUCUUCUCAAUAAGCAGCUAAUCUGUUAUUUUUAAGUCUUAAGUUUGUAAUCAUAGUCUACGGAAAAGAUUUUGUGGAGUUUCUGUGUGCACAGGACCACACAAAACGUUUUUUAAAAAAAAUGUUUGCUGCUGAAGAAAUGAGAGUAAGUUGUAAGUGCAAUAACUUUUGAAAUGGAAAUCAGCCGUACAUGUACAUCAUUAUCAGAUUUUUUUAAGAAAAAAUUCAACAAUUUAGGCACCAAAAUUGAUUCUUAAUCUUGGAGAGGAGGCAUUUUCUUCAAGAUGAACAUUUUAAUGUAGUUAGCAGACCAUCAAUUUCACAUAUGGCCUCACUUGUCUGUUCCAGAACUCUCCUGAUCAUAGUUUCCCUGUCACCUUGGCCUGAGCCUGGCUCAGUGCUGUCAUUCUCAGUAGCAUCCUGGUUAGAAUCAACAGAAAACUGAACAUUAGAUACCCUGUACUGUACAUUGUUAACAAUAAGAGUCACUAGGGAACUAGAUUUAAUCAGUCCUUGGUCUGGAACCUUUCUGAUUAAAUGAUUUUUUUUAAUCAUUGUCUUCACCUGAAUAUCCUGAAACUUUUCUCCCACCAAAUGUUCCACAUGAUUUUGAUUAUGAAUAUCUGAAGUACAGUUCAAUCACUAAGUUAAGGAUUGUAAGUAAAAAUAAUUACAAACUCCAAUAAAUCAUAUCAAAACAUA